GAGUGUCCAAUAGAUUGCACUACAUAUGUGUUCAUAUAGUGAUUGAGUAUAGAAAGCGUUUAUCAAACAAUUGAAUUCAAUUGAAUUGAAUGAUUAAAUCAAUAAUUAAUUUAAUUGUUUGUGUAAUUCAAUCAAUAGUUUAGUGUUUGAUUUGGUUGUUAACUGAAGACAUGUAUUAAAUAUAUGUAUUAAAUGAUGUCAUCGACAGCAGGUUUGGUGUCAAUCGGCGGAAACUCGACAUCAGGUGUGGUAACCGUUGCGAGCGCUCAACCCGUAGAUCACGAGAAGAUAUAUCAAUGGAUUAGUGAGUUGUCUAACGCCGAGAGCCGAGAGAAUGCACUCUUGGAGUUAAGCAAAAAACGAGAAGUAGUUCCCGAUUUGGCCACAAUGUUAUGGCAUUCAUUUGGAGCCAUUGCUGCUCUCCUUCAAGAGAUUAUUACAGUGUAUCCCACGAUAAACCCGCCGACAUUGACCGCUCAUCAGUCCAAUCGGGUCUGCAAUGCAUUGGCAUUACUGCAGUGCGUGGCCUCACAUCAAGAAACCCGAACCGCCUUUUUAGCCGCUAAUAUACCGCUAUUUUUAUACCCAUUCCUUCACACGACUUCUACUUCAAAGACCAGACCUUUCGAGUACUUACGGUUAACCAGUCUUGGAGUGAUCGGCGCUCUCGUCAAGACUGAUGAACAGCAAGUGAUUAAUUUUUUGCUCACCACUGAAAUCAUACCGCUUUGUCUCCGAAUUAUGGAAAGCGGUUCUGAAUUAUCCAAAACUGUGGCCACUUUUAUACUUCAGAAGAUCUUAUUAGAUGAAACUGGUUUAUCAUAUAUAUGUCAGACAUAUGACCGCUUUUCACACGUGGCUAUGAUUUUGGGUAAAAUGGUAUUGUCUUUGGCUAAGGAACAGUCCGCUCGACUCUUAAAACAUGUCAUUCGAUGUUAUUUGCGUUUGUCGGACAAUCCGCGCGCCAGAGAAGCUCUUCGACAGUGUCUUCCCGACCAACUUAAAGAUAAUACAUUCGCCAGUUGUCUUAAAGAUGAUAAGUCCACACGUAAUUGGCUGACACAACUGCUUAAAAACUUGGAACCAACUCCUGGAGGUCUAACCCCUCAACCACAAUGAAGACUACAAUGAUUUGCUUAAUUAAAUUCAAAUAUUUUAUUUAAAUUAUAAGAUUACUUAAACAGUACUUUUCACUAUAUAUUGUAUAUUUUGUUAUACAUAUUUGUAUAUCUUUUUUGACCGAAAAAAAUCUAAACGCUAUCUC